AAAAGUCAUUGCUAAUAGCCUAUAUGAAUUACAAAAAGUAGUCUUUGCUUCAUUUCUCAUUUUUCACAGCAAUUCUUCAUAAUGAAUACUUCAACAACAGAAAAUGGCGGUAGCUUAUGGAGUGAAAUCAUUGAAUCAACUAGAACAAUAUUCAAAUCUCAUGUUCGCCAUUUUCAUGCUAUUUCAAUCCUCUUCCUUUUGCCUAUCAUUUUCUCUCUAAUUUUAUAUCCUUCUUUCGAACUUGCCAUAUUUUUCCCUGAUUAUGAUUUCACUAGUUACACUCAACUUCAAUUUCCUCAAUUUUUCGCAAUUUCAAGUUUCGAAAUUAUUCUACUUGUAGUAUAUGCUCUGUUUUUGGCCUUCUUUUUCAUCUGUGGAGUAGGCACUACUACAUAUAGCGCGGUUCAAGUGAUCUAUGAUAGACCGAUCAACGUCGUUUCAUCUAUAAAAUCUAUGAGAAAUUCCUUCUUCCCUCUUCUCUCCACCUUCAUUGUUUCGCAAACUAUUUUCAUUUCAAUCACUCUUCUUUUCGCCCUAAUUUUGGUGUUUGUAGUGCGAAUUCUUCAAUCUCUUGGACUAAUUGAGCUCAAAUCAGACUUGAAUCGCGUGUUAUUUUUGGUUAUUUUCUCGUUGAUCGUGCUUGUACCGAUUCUGAUUUGGCUACAGGUGAACUGGUCUUUAGCUUAUGUGAUAACAGUAGUUGAAUCGAAGAAAGGUUACGAGACACUAAGGAGAAGUGCCAAGUUAGUAAAGGGGGAGAGAUGUGUAGCUUUGAAGAUUCUUAUGUAUUACGAGAUUGCGAUUGCAUUGAUGGUGGUUUGGUGUGCCAUGUUUUUAGCCAGAGGCGAACAAUGGAGGAGCUUCACGGGGAUACUGCUCACUGCGUUUACUUCUGUGAUGGGAUAUUUACUGAUGAAUCAGUAUCUUGUGGCGAACGUGGUGUUAUAUAUGCACUGCAAGGAAUUAAACGAUGAGAAAUUGAUGUCGGAAACUGCUGCUGGAGAAUACGUUUCCCUGCCUGUUGAAGAAGAGGAGAAGAAUCAUGAUGUUGUGUAGUAAUUUGGUUUGUUUUAGUUAGAAAGAUUAAAGGUGUGGUACUUUGAUAUUGUAAUUGAAGAGAUGUAUGAGCCAAAUAGUUAUAUAUUGAUAUGU